AGCGGGGCGAGGGCGGGCGGGACGGACGGAGGGACAGACGGACGGAGGGAGCCCGCGGAGAGGCACCGUCCCUCCCCGCUCGCCCGCCGCCGCUGCCCCCUCGCCCCAUGGAGCUGUGCCCGGGGUCCCCAGCCCCCUCGGGCUGGGCGCUGCCGCUCCUCCUCGCCCUGGGCGCCGGGCUCAGCCACGCCACCCCGCACCUGCGGUACACCCGGCCGGGCUCCCGCAGCAAGAACUGGUGCGCCUACAUAGUGAACAAGAACGUGAGCUGCUCGGUGCUGGACGGGACGGAGAGCUACGUCCAGGCCCAGUACAAGUGCGCCUGGAACCAGUUCCCCUGCCAGCCCACCCCGGUAUACCGAACGAGUUUCAGACCUCGGUACACAGUUGCAUAUAAGACAGUAACAGAGCUGGAAUGGAGAUGUUGUCCUGGGUACAAAGGGGAAGACUGCAGAGAAGGCCCAGCAGAAAAGCCAAAUGCUGCUCGUCGUCCUACACCACCAGCAAAAGCUGUUGUGAAGAAAGGCUUGGAUGCAGAACCAACAGAAGAGCCGGAACCUCCACCAUAUGAGAAGAAAAUGCAGUUUCUUGAGGAUGAAUUGUUUAGACUUACACGAUCAGUGCUUGAACUUCAGUCCUCUGUGGCAGGCGUGAAUGAAAACCUGAAGUUAACUGUCCAAGAAGAUGCUAGUAAGAUGUUGGUCACUUGGCUGAACAACCUUUAUGACCGCCCAGAGCCUGAUAGUGCGGUUGGUGGUGAAACAGACAGUAUUCAUCUGCCUGGACUCCUCAGCAAUAAAGAUCAAAAAGACCCUUUUAUUGAUUUUGAAAUGGAAGAUAUAAAGUCUGAGCUAGCUGAGGUCAAAGAAGCCUUGAAGAUGAGGAAUGACAAGCUGGAGGAACUGAAUGGAAAAGUAAAAGGCUAUGAGGGACAAUUAAAACAACUGCAGGAGGCAGCACAGGGACCUACAAUAACAAUGCCCAGUGACAAUAUAUAUCAGGAGUAUAUAGACUCAAAAUUUGAGUCCCUCAGACAGGAAAUACUGGAAGGAUUUGAAAAGAAAAUGGCAGAUCUGAAGAACUCCUGUGAAUACAAACUACAGGAUAUCCAGCAGCAGUGUGAUGACAACGACAAUAACUGUUCAGGAAUAAUUGAUGUUAUAAAAGGAAAAGAGAAUGACUUGAGGAAAGAAAUAAAUACUCUCCGAACUCAGAUUCCAUCAAACAAGUCCAGUUGUUGCAAGGAGGGCGAGAGAAAUUACUUUGACCAACAGAUAAAAGAUUUAGAUAAGAAGAUUGACAGAGUUGUGGAAGCACACAGGAUCUUGAACGUUAGAAUAGAUAAUGAAAUCAGCCGAUUGUCGACUCCAGAUCUGGAAGACAUGUUCGGUGAGAGGUUGGAGGAACUAGAUGCGAGGAUGAACAUUACGGAACGAAAUGCUGAAGAACAUUGCUUUUAUGUUGAGGAAACUCUCCGCAGUGCUAUUGCUGCUGAGGUAGAUGAAUUGAGAGACUUGUUUGACCAAAAACUACGGGCCCUAGAAGAUAGGCUAGGUGGCACUAUUUUAGAGAUUGCUAAUACCACAGACCCAGAUGGAAUGUAUAUUAAUCCUGGGCCCAUCUUGCCCGGUGACGCAGGAUUUGCAAAUGAGCAAUUUACAGCUGAGAUGAAUUUCAUGAAGAACAAACUACUGUCACUUGAACACCUCUGUGGGCAGAAAUGUCAGUCUGCACCACAAGGUACAGAGGACCUUCAGAAAGAGCUAGAAAAUUGUAACAACAAAUACAAUCACUUGCUUUCGAAAACAGAGAACAACUCUGUUCUCCUGCAGUCUCUAAAUAGCUCUCUCAAUGAGAAACUCAACUUAAUUAAGGGUAACCAACGUGACAUCCAGAAAAUGCAGAGAGAUGUACGUGUGUUCCGGUACAGUCUAAAUGUCAUGGAUAAAGAUGUGAAGAAUCUUCAAGAUGGCUUGAGUAGCUGCAAGGAGCAGCUUCUGGGUGUCAAUUCUACCUGUAGAAAAACACAACGAGGUGUCUUCCGAAAAAUCGAUCAAAUGCAGAGGACAUUUGCGAAUCAAACUGCUCAUCCCAGUGAUCAUUGCUGUGGGGAAGUGAAAGAGAGACUAGAACAAUUGAAUGACCAUAUCCUGAAUGAUCUUAGCAAGUGCAAAGAAAAGACCCAAGGUAUCCAGGAGGGUGUUUCGGAUGUUGAGAGCAGAGUGUCGCGUGUUGAAAAAGUUUGUGGCAAGCUGGACUCUGUCUCAGGUAGUUUGGACAAGAUAAAAGAAGGUCUGAAUAAGCACAUAAGCAGCUUAUGGAACUGCGUCCGUGAAAUUAAUGGAACUAUAGCAUCUCAUUCCACUGAUAUUUCUGGCCUCAAAAAUUCUGUCCAACAGUUUUAUAGUCAAGUCUCCAAAAUCACCACGGACAUUGAAGGCAUGCUGAAAUCUCAGUCUGACACAAGGCGAUCAGAAGUACCACGGCAGCCGUUGCCACCAAGACCACCCCUGCAGCCCCAGCCUGGCAUAUCCCUGCUGCCAUCAAGGCCAAGGAUACAACCCCCGCGACAGAGGACUCCCCUCCAGCCACCGCAGCCGAGACCUCCUCUGCGCCCAGCGCUGCCAGGGUCAGGAGUUGUGCCGUUUCUGCCUGGAACAACCGGGAUCAUCUUGGAGACUGGAGAGGCAGGGCCUCCUGGCACUGUUCUAAUGUCAGGGAGAGGGCGGCUCAGAAGUGCGGAUGGUCAGGCUGGUCAAAGUACCAUGCCCAUUGCUGAAGGGUAUGCUGGAGCCCCAGGAUAUCCAAAGUUAUCUCCUCCUACCACAGACUCACAAGGACCUGCUGCUGCAGCCUCUCUGGUGUCAUUUUCUGCUGGGCUCACACAGAAGCCUUUCUCUAGCGACGUCGGCGUGGUUCACUUUAACAAAGUGCUUGUGAAUGACGGGGACUAUUAUAACCCCAGUACAGGCAUUUUCACAUCACCGUAUGAAGGGCGCUACCUGAUCACCGCUGUGCUGGCCCCGGAGAGGGAUGAGUACGUAGAAGCAGUGCUGUCCGUCUCCAACGCCAGCGUGGCUCAGCUCCACACAGCUGGGUACAGAAGGGAACUGCUGGAGUAUCACAAACCCUACUCGGGGAAACGGACCUGUGGUGGUCCUGGGACGUUCCACCUUGUUCUUCACCUCAAAGCAGGAGAUGAAGUAAAUGUCGUCGUAACAGGAGGCAAACUGGCCUACACAGACUCUGAUGAAAUGUACUCCACGUUUAGUGGAGUUCUCCUUUAUCCUUCCAUUUCUCAUGUUUAGGUUUACCUUGAACAGGAGAGAAGGGUAAGAUAUUCAGAAGAAAUUAAGUGUAAUAAAAUUCAAAGCUUUAAUAUAUUCAGUUUAUAUAUUUGAUUUCCGUGAUGGGUUUAUAGUCUAUACUGAGACCUUUUCCUUGUCCCCCGUUUCCAGAGGUAGCUACGAAAGACAUGUUCCUGUAGCUAAAUUAACUCCUUCCCAAGCCCUUGUUUACCCAUACAAGCAGAACAAAUGUUAAACAACAAAUACGUUCUCAAUAGAUACUUUUCCACUGUGCUCUUGCUAUUCCCUAUUAAAUUGCCUUUGCAGUCUUCUCCCUAGUUUAUCACGUUGUCCCUAGUGUAUCAAAGUUUACAUCUUUGCUGAAGUUUACAGUUGUGGUCAGCUAUUUUCAUGUUUUCAGUCAAGCAGGGGCAAGAAAGUGAGGUUGCAUCGGACGGGCUUGAUGACUUCUUAGUCCUUGUGUUAUUUAAUAAUGUGUUGGGUCAAGUGCAUUCGCAUAAACAAUUUGUUCAAAGCAAUUGCUCACCGUCGUGGUGCAAAGCAAAACGAUACUUAUCUGCAUCAGUUUUCUUUUUUACCUUAAGGGCCAAACGCAGCGCUAAGAGAUGAGCGACUCAUUCCAGUCGAAUGGAAGCAGCUGUGCAGGGAGAAACUUCCCUUGCCUCCGCUUUCCAUUGGGCGGACGUGAGCGUAAGGUGCUGCUGCUACUACUGAGAGAUUUAGAGCAGUUAUCCUCCAUUGAUACGGUAAAAACCAGACGAUCGGUUAAGCGUGAUGCUCUUGAGAUUAAAGCUUGGUGCUUGAAAUUGAAUAAAACAGGUCAUAAAAAUCGAAGUUGUCUGUGCUUAACUAAGAAAACUGGUGAUUUUGAAAAGUUUAAAAAAGUUUUACAGAGUUUGUUUCUGGCACUCUCGCAGUAUUGGCAUUAAAAAGAAAGUUUUGUCUUUUUUGCAUUGUAGAAAAUAAAUCGGAGGAAAAAUUGUCUUAUUAUCCAAUACUGUCAGAUGCAUAACCCAGCUGUCUGCACUGCGCCUGGGUUGUAGCAGCCUCCUGCACCAGUGCUCUUGAGUGAGGUUUGUUUUAAUAUUCGGCAUCUGUUUAUAUGGCUGAAACAACUUUCUUAGCUUAAAAAACAGAUAAACACAUUUGGGGCAACAGUAGUUUAUUUCUCGUACUAGCCACUUCUCGGUGGAGGUAGCAAAAGUGAUGUUUUGUCUCUUUUGAGUUAGCGUUUUGAUCUCUUCUGUGGCUGAAAAAAAAAAUCCAGCCGUGCUUUACUGAGAGUAGGACUAUUCAGCUGUCACCUAUAGCUUCUUACAUAAACUGAUCUUUUUGAUAGUCUGUUCACGCUACAUAGAGUUGUAUUUAUCGUAGUGGUUUGUGUAGUAUGUUUCCCUUCUUACAAAUCCAGAACAGCUGUUUAUAGCCUCAGAACAAACUAUUCCUUUAGGUGAAGGAAGAACUCCCUGCGCUCCAAGCAGCACAGCACGGUUUGACUGAAGCCCUUCCCAUCUGAGGAGGUCAGACGAAGGCUUAACGCCUUUGUUGCUUAGUUUUGGAAUAGAUACUCCCUAAUAACUCUGGUUUCCAGGCGAUGAGAUGGGGCCUUCCCACAACAAACUGUCACGUCCUGGAAGUUGAGCUGCUUUUGAGAAAAGCAGGCGGAACAACCUUUCCCUCCGCAGAGGAGCUCUGAGUCAGUCCCCGUGCAGCGGGGAUCGCACCGAGUCGCGAGCGCAGGAAGGAAAUUGCGAGCGGGGUUUUAGAGCACCUGGAUUAGGAAGAUCCCUCGGCACCUGAUUUUCAGCAGUGACGGUGUUACUGAUAAGCAAAGCCAGGAUUGGAUGGAGUUUGUAGCAGGAAGGCUGUUUCUGUACGAAACUACUACUCAGUAGCCAAAGAUGUACAGUCAGCUUGUGCUUCACAGCUUGACAAAGGGAGUCGCCCCCGUCUCAUUUCCUUGCGCGUUUGUCUCGACCUGUGCUGGAGCGUGAGGCGACAGCGUGCAGUUGGCGACCGCGGGCUUGUUCAAGGGGGGCUUAGUUCUCUUCUGUCUUAAUUCAACAGCCCCUCUCUGUCCCAUGCCUUCCUCGGUCUCAAAAUUGAAAGGGAAGGACAGGAAAGAAUGUCUUCUGUGUUUUCAAAAGCCAAUUACAUCAACCACUUUUUUUUUUUUUUAAAAUACAUAAUUUCUCAUUAUGUACAAAAGCUGGAGAGGCACUUUUCCUUUUAGAAUAUUUUUCACUCUUCUCAAGAAAGCUGUGUUCUCUAAGAAGUUGGCUCAAGACUACGUGUGACUCAAGCAUUGUUAGAUUAUUGUUGCCUGUUCUAAAAAUGACUCAUGGAAACAAACAAAAUGAGCUGAGCGCUUAGGGAGACCUAGCUGGCAAACACCACCUCUUUUCUUUUUUCUUUUUCCCCCCUCCAAGUGAGCCAUUUUUAAGAGUCGGCAGUGCAAGCUCAGCGCUAAGAGUUGCAAAAGGUGUAUCACCUAAUUCUUAACCUAACCGAUCCGCUAGAUUUCUAAAUCCAGCCCAGUUCUGCUCAUGGGGCAGGGCCAGAAAGUUCUACCAGAAAGCUUCCCUGUGUACCCCAGGAUCUGCUGCUGCCGAUGCUGGAUUGUUCGAGCCCUUAUAAUGCAGGUAUAAAGAAUUCCCUGAACUAUCUCACAGCAGGGCCCAAUCUCAGCAGCGUGUUUUGAGGACACCUUUUAGAGCUUUUAGGGAUAGUUUCCCAUCCACCAUCUCUAGCAGCACAGGGGCUAAAGCUAUGACCUUUGACAAGGAACCUCUGUCUUAGAUUCCUGCCUUUGUUGAGGGAGACUUGACCCUUAAUUUCCACUUCCUUGGUAAUUGCUGUAAUCAGGGUAGGUGGGACAGUUUCUCCUGAUGAGGUUAUUUUCCUGGAGCUUACAAAGUGGAAUAUUCACCCAGCCGGGAAGACCACAAUGCUGUAGCCCCUAAAUAGCAAAGGGAAGGGGGAACCCGAAUUCCAGUCUCUGCUCCAGUGUCUGCUCAGAUAAAACAUUAAUUAAAGCAGCAGCUGGAAGAGACUCAAGCACAGACACAUUCAUGGGCCUGCUGAGGGUUUGCUCCUUACAGAACAGCCUGGCUUCAAAGGAUGGAGCAAGAGCCUUGCUCCAGAAUACCCUCAACCCACUGACGGAGCAUUUGCAUCUUUGGCGAGAACCAGCAACAGGAGGAGGAAAUACCUGCACUGAAAGGAGCGUUUCACACCGUGGGGUCGUGAUUUGACUACCACCUCCAGAAACAUCCACCAGCUCAAAUAGGAAGCAUCUGUUAACCAAGAAAGCCUCAAAAAAAAUAAUGCUGUAGGUGGGAGCUGUAGGGCAGGUAUGCUGCCUGUUUCAUAAAUCACAGUGCUGCCUCGCAGGUGGCUUUGCAAUGCAGUCUGUGAGGACUGUGAGAUUCUUGGGCAAAACAGUAUCCGUUGUGGCAGGUGCUCCCAUUUCACAGCAAAACGGGAAGAAAACCAAACCGUACCAGGUGAAGCCGCAGAGACGUGUGUCUGACAGCCCCUUGGCCAGGCACGAGGCAAGGUGGUUUCUCAGGGACCAUCCAAAUAUCAACACCAGCGGAGUCUCCAGGGCAGCAUCGCUUGUGAGAGAGGUGAAUUCCCGUAGCCGGGUCAUUAGCAGCAGAACAGCUGAAGAAUCUCCGCCAUGCCGACAGCCUCUGCUCUGGCCAAACCUGGAAAGUGUGUCCUAGAGCAGCGAUGGGGAAAGGCAACAAAGCAAUGUAUAAAUCAGUCGUAUCCCCAGGAAAGCCAGAGCAAAGCAGGAAUGCCAAUUUUCACCACAAAACAUGUAAAAAAACCCCUACCUCAU